CCUUUUUGUAAACCCCAACUUCCAGCUCAUUUCCACUCAAAAUCCCAACCUCAUUUAUUCCCAAUUAGGUUUUCCCCUUCCCCUUCCCUUCCCUUCCCUUCCCUUCCCUUCCCAUUCAAGAUCUAUCCAUGGAGUUCUUCCCCCAACUCAAAUCUUCCCAUUACCUUCCUCCAUUUCCGCCGCCAAUUCCUUCCCAUUCCGACUCCACCAGCUUCCCCAUUAUCGCCAUUGCCAUCAUCGGAAUUCUCGCCACCGCCUUCUUGCUCCUCAGCUACUACGUUUUCGUCAUCAAUUGCUGCCUCAACUGGCACCGCAUCGAUCUCCUCCGCCGUCUCCCCCUCUCCUCGAGGCGCCGCCGUCCACCUCCCACCACUCCUUCUCCACCCAUUCACACCAGGGGUCUCGACGAAUCGGUCAUUAGAUCAAUCCCUUUAGUUCAAUACAAGAAUUCAAUACCCAGAGGAAAAACCUCGUCGGAAUGCUCUGUUUGUUUGAGUGAAUUUGGAGAGGAUGAAACGGUGAGAAUCAUUCCCAUUUGUUCACAUCUUUUCCACAUUGAUUGCAUCGACAUUUGGCUGCAAAACAAUCCCAAUUGCCCAUUAUGUCGAACCACCAUUUCCAGCUCUGCUCUGUUUCAUCGAUUUCCCCUGCCAACCUCCUCGCCGGCGGAUCCAAUCGGCGGUGGAAAUGAAAGAGACUUCGUAGUAAUUGAAUUGGGUGGGAUUAGAAACGACCCAUCUGGUCAAUUGUCACAAGAACGACCAAAUUCAGGGGAAUGUCCGGCGACAGCCGGAAAAUUAGAACAGGGGAAGAAGCGGCGGAAGCUGCAGAAAGUGACGAGUUUAGGAGAUGAGUCGAUUGACACUAGAGAGAAAGACGAGAGGUUUUGUGUUCAGCCGAUUAGACGGUCGGUUUCGAUGGACUCGUCGGCGGAACGACAGAUGUAUUUGGCAGUGCAGGCGGCGCUGCGUGGAAGUACGGCGAGCCCCGGCGGCGAUGGGUGUAAUGGAAGAGGGAGGAGGUCUCUGUUUUCGUUUGGGAAUGGGAUGAGUUGCAGAAAUGGCGUUGAAGUUCAGGCGGUGCGGUUGGAAGAGAGUUAGGAAUUAGAAAAGGGAUAUUAUAGAAACUGUUAGGA